CCAUAUCUUGUUGGACUCGUCCAUGAUUCGAAGAGAGGGGCUGAUGUUCAAAGUGCUUGACAAGACGAGGUUGCAAGGAAAGAAAGCUCUAGGACUCUCCAGGCGUUUGCAGAAAGAUGAAUCUUGCAUACCUCCAGCGGGAUGCACAGAUGUUACUACAUGGCAGACAUGUUGUCAUCAUUGGAAGUUCAGUGAUGAGAUGUGUUUAUAAGGAUUUGGUACUACUACUCCAAGCCAAUAGAUACCUCACCACAGCACAGCUCAAAGCCAAGGGAGAGAAAACCUUUUUGGGUGAUGAGCUUCUGAUGGGAGGCUGCCUGGGUGAGAUGGUGAAUAGUACAAAAUACAGAGAGGUCCGCAGGUACCAUGGUCACAACGUGAUGGUGACAUAUUACUUCAUUGUGAGGUGCUAUGAUGACUAUGUGCAACAAGUCCUAGAAGACCUGGAGCAGAUGAAACCAGAUGUGAUCAUCAUGAGCUCCUGCAUAUGGGACAUGACAAGCUAUGGUUCCAAUGCAAUACCAGCUUAUCGCACUAACAUCAGACGGUUGUUUGACCACCUGAACUUGGUGCUCUCCCCUUCAAGUUUGUUCAUGUGGAUGUCCACUUUGCCAGUGAAUAAGAAACCACGAGGUGGCUUUCUUGAACCCUCAAAGGCAUUCAAUCCAUACAACCCAUGCAACCUCCACCUUGACAUCACUGCAGGUAACCACUGUGCAAGGCUAGAGGCUCUCUUCCAUGGGUACAGUGUUUUAGAUAUGUGUGAACUGUUCACACAACAUGUUCACCUGAGGGCCCCUGAUGGAGUGCACUGGAAUGAGAUCGCCCACAGACGUAUAACCAACAUAUAUCUAACAAAGCUCAGUCAAAGGUGGCACUUUAUGGCACCAUCUCACAGAAUUUUAGGUCUUCAACCCUCACAGCUUAGGCAUUGCCGUUCCUACACCACAGACAGCUUAGCUGAUAGGUAUAUUGGGUAUGGAACCUUGUAUGCGCCUGGGCUUGACCUUGACAACAAUAUCAGUGUACCACGGUUCAGUUUCCAGAAACCUUUGUCAGUUGAGAGGAGCAAAGUACCAUCUACCAGUGGGAAACAAGUUUCCAAUGAAGCAUCAUGUAAAGUUAGCAACAACAACAAAAGUGAUGCCAACGGGAAUGCCAUGAAAUCUUCAAAUGAAACUACUGAAGAGGAGAGUGUUAGUGCUACAAAGGAGGUAGUCCAACAAAGUGAAAAUGCUAAGAUGAGCCAAGAGUGUGAAAAUGCUGCAAAGGCAACUGAAGUCCGUAAAGAUACUGCAGAGUCUACAUCAGAGGGUGAGAGUGAUGUAAAAAUAACUGAAGAGAUUAUAGAUCUAACAAAUAUAUCCCAAGAUAGUGAAAGUGCUAUAACAACAAUCCAAGAAAGUGAGAACAUUUCCCAGACUUCCCAAGAGAAUGACCUUGUCAUGAAGGCAGUCCAUGAAGAUGAUAUUCCAUCAAGGGAACUUCAAGAAAGCAGUGUAAUAGCCAGUAGUAUUCCCAACAGCACAUCUGGUUCAGAGAGUAAAGAGGCUUCAAAUGCAGACACAGAACCAGAGACUGGGGCAUCUGGCAGCAAAAGUAAGGAAGAAAUGGGCAUGAAUGGCCAAGUCAGUGACAGUGAUAUUGUUAUAGUUGAAACUCGGUGUAAACCUCAAAUGUCAGCUGAUGUUCAUGAAUCAGAAGUACCUGUUGAUGACAUGGCUAAAACUCCCACAGAGGAGGCCUCUCAGCUGACUGUCAUAAAAGUAAAAUCUGCAGAAAAAGAAGUCUGCAGCAGUGAAAACACUGUGGAUGUGAAGCCCAUGUCCCAAGUACAACAAGACAACACCAAACAGUCCAGGAAAAUUCCACUCAAGAUUCUAGACGGGAACAAUAUUGAGACUGUUAAACCUUCCACUGGUACAGCAUUAAAAAGGAAGUUGUUUGUUAAGAAAAGUUACAAUGUAGCAGCUGUCAAGAAACGCAAGACUGUGCAUGUCAACCCUAAGCACAGGCAUUUUAACAGUGGUAGGAUGCAGUGGCAGAUGGACUGCCAACAAGUCAAUGGGGAAUUUCAUCACGGCCCAUUUACCCAGCAUUCGUAUGAAGAGAGGCAAUGGUCAGGACCACCACAGGAUCCAGAUUAUAUGGCAAGCUGCCCACAACAGCAGUGGAAUGGCCAACAAGGUGGUUAUGAUAAACACUUGCCACCAAAUUGGAAUCAGCAAGGGGGGUACAAUGGACACUGUCCACCCCAGGAUUGGAGUUGGCAAGAGGUAAGUUGUAGUGCCCCAAACCAGGGAUGGAAUCAAGAAGGUUAUGGCAGAAAUGUUCCAUCACAGGGGUGGAAUCAGGAACAGGGCUACAAAGAGGAAUGGAAUCCACACUGUGGCAACUUUCCAUCUCACAACUUAAACAGGCAAGGGGGCUGUAAUGAGAACUUUAACUAUCAGGAGUGGAGGCAACAAGGGUAUCACUGCAAUAUUAACCCCCCUCAAGAAAACCAAGGCAUGCACAAUUAUGGGAGAGACAUCCAUAACCCAGCAGCACAAAGUGGCACAUGGAACCAGGGCCCUUAUUGCAAUCCAGUUCCUUUGGAAGGAGAUCAGAAUAGUGGCUAUGGAGGUGACUUGCAUGCUCGUAGUGACCCAGUUCGUGGUGGAUGUACAGGCCCAUUUUGGCAGCAGGAAUCAGGAUGGCAGAAUAAUGGAAAUUAUCAGUUAUAUCCAGAGACAGGAGCUUGUGUUAACAGGGGUUUACAGUUUCAGCCUCCCAGUGGUUUUGCAGAAGACAGCUUAAAAGACGUUGCAGCAGAGAAUGAAUGUGCUUGGACCAGGGAGCCAAAAAUGAUGUUUGACUUGAGAACCUUAUUGAAUAGGAGAAGGAGUAGAACAAAUUUGGUUUGAUUUAACAGUAUGGCAUUAAGGUAGUGUGUAACAAGUCCAGUAGAGAACAUUUGAAAGGUGCUUGUCAUUGUUAAGGUGACAGAACUUGAGAUAGAAUAUAGUUUUUUGUGUAUUAAAUAUUUAGGCAUGUUACUUUUAUCACAUCCUAGAUAUUAUCAUUUCUUAACCUGUUAUUACUCAUAAGUAAGCUAUGAUUUUUGGCUUUGUCAGUUUACCUUAAUACCCUAAUUCAAAAGUUUUGAAUAGAUCAAAGUAUUGCACAGAUUUUGAUUUUAAAAAAAUAUAGGAUAUGGUCAGAAACGUGAUCCAGUAAUACAUUUUAAUUAAAAUUAAUAACUGUUGAGUUGCCCUGAGAGAAAAUCUGAUUAGAAUGUUCAAAUCAUGUACAUGCCAUUUUUUAUUAUAGUUUAUGAAGUUAAAAGUUUUUAUUAUUGUAGCUUUAGCUGUCCAUUCAUCAAGGUACCCUUCUAUUUCUUUUUACCACUAAACUUGAGUUUAUAUUGUUUGAAGAUCAAGUCAUUAAAGGACAUUGAGAAAAUUUACAAAA